AUGUCAAUAACUGCAUACAUUUGCAUCACACUAAUAAGUAGUUAUUGACAAUUUAAGUAGCACGAUAUUGGAAUUACACAGAUAUUUAACAUAUACAGUGAUGGAAUACAAAAAACUGAACACGUACGAUUUAGCAUAUGCCCUUUACGAAGGAGUCGUAAAUUAUUGUGUACAUUCAAAUUGGGUUGUACACAAUAAUUUGUACCUUAUUACAGUAUACUAUUUGUAUACUUGUAUACUCUUGUUACAUUGGCAUUAA